UUAGUCACUUCCUGUAAGUGCUCACAAAAUGAAGAGAGAGAGAGAGAUCCGCCCAACUCAUUUAAAAAAGGAGGGUAUCAAAGUAACCAUUGAGACCAACACUCACAUUGAACAAGUAGCGCGACAGAAACUUGUCAUCUGAAAACACACAGGCAGAGUCAAAAUAUUUGUUUUUCUCCGUUUCUCAAAACACUAAAGGGCAGGGCAGGCAGUUUUCUCUGCAAAAAACCAACUCCUACUUGGUGUUUCGUUUUGUCAGAUCUCUUACAGUUGCAGUAUUCAAAGUUUCCUUUUAAAGAUAGAUGAGAGAGAGAGAGAGAGAGAGAGAGAGAGAUUCACUUUUUUGCUUGCUGGGUUAAUCCGUGAAUCGGAUUUUGAUGCAUGCACUGUAAAUUCUUUUCGGUAAAUCAGCAUUUGAGAGAAGGGUAUCUCAUAUUUAGUAAGUACUCUACUAGGAGUUUUCCUACUCUUAAAAGGUAUAAAACGAGAGAAGCACACCUGUGCUGACAAAGGGAGUUAAAGAGGCACAGGCUUUGCAGGGCUGUCGCACAUUUGUCCGUAAGAGGCCCCUAAAUUCCUCUGUCUCCACGUUAUAAAUCCAAGAGAGAUCCCGGCGGUUUCCAAAACCAACUAUCAUCAUAACUUCUUUUAGUUUCUUGAUCUGUAGAGGAGCAUUGAAAGGAAAUGUCAACUCAGAAGCAAGCAGAGGAAGCUAUGGUCUCAAACAAUGACACUGGGCAUGAAGAGAAAGAAGUAAGCAAUGAUGAAUCCGGUUUUAGCCUUAAAAGCGUUCUUUGGCAUGGUGGGUCUGUCUAUGAUGCCUGGUUUAGUUGUUCUUCAAAUCAGGUUGCUCAGGUUCUGUUAACACUGCCAUACUCUUUCUCUCAAAUGGGGAUGCUUUCAGGCAUAAUUUUGCAGAUAUUUUAUGGUUUUCUUGGAAGCUGGACAGCUUACCUUAUCAGUGUUCUCUAUGUUGAAUACCGAAGCAGAAAGGAGAAAGAGAAUGUCAGCUUCAAGAACCAUGUUAUACAGUGGUUUGAAGUGCUAGAUGGAUUACUGGGUCCAGCUUGGAAAGCUGUUGGAUUGGCCUUCAACUGCACUUUUCUCAUGUUUGGUUCUGUGAUACAGCUUAUAGCCUGUGCAAGCAAUAUAUACUACAUAGAUGACAAAUUUGACAAGAGGACAUGGACUUAUAUUUUUGGAGCCUGCUGUGCCACCACCGUGUUCAUUCCUUCAUUUCACAACUAUAGAAUGUGGUCUUUUCUUGGACUUGGAAUGACCACCUACACUGCUUGGUAUAUGACUGUUGCAUCUCUUGUUCACGGCCAGGUUGAAGGGGUAGUUCACUCGGGCCCAACAAAGGCAGUUCUUUAUUUUACAGGAGCCACCAAUAUCCUCUACACUUUUGGUGGGCAUGCUGUCACUGUGGAAAUUAUGCACGCAAUGUGGAAGCCUAAAAAAUUCAAGUGCAUAUAUCUACUUGCUACCCUUUAUGUGUUCACCUUAACGCUUCCAUCAGCUGCUGCCACCUACUGGGCCUUUGGAGAUCAACUCCUCACUCAUUCAAAUGCUUUCUCCCUACUACCCCGCACCCCAUGGCGUGAUGCUGCUGUUAUCCUUAUGCUUAUUCAUCAGUUUAUAACAUUUGGAUUCGCGUGUACACCAUUGUAUUUUGUGUGGGAGAAAGUGAUUGGGAUGCAUGAUACAAAGAGCAUCUUGUUGAGGGCGUUGUCUCGGUUACCCGUGGUCAUACCUAUAUGGUUCUUCGCAAUUAUAUUCCCUUUCUUUGGACCAAUCAACUCAGCUGUGGGGGCUCUUUUGGUCAGCUUUACCGUCUACAUCAUCCCUGCUUUAGCUCAUAUGCUCACUUAUCGAUCUGCCUCUGCUCGACAGAAUGCAGCUGAGAAACCUCCUUUCUUCAUCCCGAGCUGGACAGCCAUGUACGCAUUGAAUGCGUUUAUAGUAGUAUGGGUACUCGUGGUUGGCUUUGGAUUGGGAGGGUGGGCUAGUAUGUCCAAUUUCAUCAAGCAAGUUGACACAUUUGGCCUCUUUGCCAAGUGCUACCAGUGCCCUCCUCCGACUCCUGCAAAACAUCAUUAAGUUUGAGAAUCUCAAGUUAAACCAUAGAUCCUCUUAUAGCAUUUUAAAUUUCUCUCUCUCAUGCAUUAUAGACGUCACACGGAAGUUGGCAGCAGCAUCUCCUCUGCAUUGUGUUUUGUUUAAACCCUUCUAUAAAUAGUAGGUUAUUUGCGAACAGUGAUGUUUUCUGUGGUAUCAUAUAUAUAUAUCAACGUUGUUAUUCUC